CCCAUCCCAAGAUGGCGGAGAUCCCCCUGUACUUUGUGGACUUGCAGGAUGACUUAGACGACUUGCUUCCCUAAGUGAGGAGGACAACUGGUGAGAGCAGAGAUGGCUGUGAGCGCAGCUGUGUGUGCGCCCGCUGCUGGCGGGGACAAGCCAGAUGGAUUUGAAGAUUGUGGUCCAGACUGUGACAACAGGAGGGUCACGGCUUUUUUGGACAUCCCUGGCCAUGAUAACCUGCCCCUGCUCACUCGCUUGGAAAAGCACGCGUUCAGCGAGAAUGUCUUCAGCCGUCAGAUUGUCGCCAGAGGACUACUGGAUGUCUUCCGGGAUGUCAGCCACAGUGACAAGGACAUACUGGCAGUCAUGGAGGUGGCAGUCCGACUGUCAGAAGAUUCAGAGCCCACAGUGCGAACUGAGCUGAUGGAGCAGAUCCCGCCCGUCGUUGCUUUCUUACAAGAAAGCAGAUUGGAUUUUCCUAUGGUGGUCUCCCAGUACCUCGUGCCUGUUAUAGUGCGGUACCUCGUGGAUCCAGACAAGCAGGUCAGAAAAUCCAGCCAGGAGGUGCUGCUGGCUCUUGUGGAGCAAGGUCUAAUUUCCCAGUGCGACAUCGAAGGCAGAGUGUGUCCCAUUCUGCUGGAGCGCUCUGCUCCUGACUGCGAUGAUGAGUGCAGAACAGAGGCCGUGAGUAUAAUCUGCAGAAUGGCGUCCAUGCUGAAGAAGAACAUAGUUAAGCGCCUGCUGCUGCCUCGGUUCUGUGAACUGUGCAGCGAUGGGAAACUCUUCCAAGUUCGAAAGGUAUGCGCCACGCAUUUUGGUGAUAUUUGUCAUGCUGUUGGACAAGAAGCCACCGAGCAAUUUUUGAUACCAACGUUUUUUGAGCUCUGCUCCGAUAACAUGUGGGGGAUGCGGAAAGCAUGCGCAGAGUGCUUCAUGGCUGUGAGCUGCAACACCUCCCCUGAGGUCCGUAGGACCCAGCUCUCGCCCCUCUUCAUCAGACUCAUCAGUGAUCCCUGUCGAUGGGUGCGCCAAGCGGCCUUUCAGUCACUCGGCCCCUUUAUCUCCACGUUUGCAAACCCAUCCCAAGCUGGCCUGUCCAUUCGGGAGGAUGGCACCCUGAGCAUCAGGCCAUCGAGCCAAGAGGUGGACUCUGGGUUUGCCUCUGGACCACCCAGGCCCACCAGUUGCAGUGCAGACUCCUCAAACAGUCCUAAAGCAGCACUGCACGUGGAGCCAGACCUGCUUCCAGAAGAGGCCUCGGUCAGGACCGGUCACCGGCAUGACAGCAGCUCCUCCGCAGUCACAGCAGAGAGCCAGCCACGGAGCUGUUCUCCAACCUUAGCUGAGAGGACUGGGGCUUUCCCAGAGCUCCCAGGGGGCAGUGGCUGCCUCAGCAACAGUGACCAUGAAGCAGGUCCAGGGACUUCUGAGGACACAUUCAGUACUUUCCUGUAUUGGCGAACUCCUCUGCCUGACAUAAGCAAAGAAGUGGAGCUGCUUCUGAGUGGGGCUGGACCCCUGGAAGAGAGCCACAGUGGACCUGAGGCUGCAUGUGACAGCUGUGUGGCCACAAGCGAAAUCCAGAAAGUCCUGCAGAGUCUGCAGGGGCAUUUGCUGCAGGACCCAGACAUUCAAGCUCAAGUUCAGGUAUUAUCUGCCGCACUGAGAGCAACGCAGCUCGACUCCACUCGUGAACCCGAGGGCAGGCAGACAGAAGGUCUAAACGAAGAGCCCGUUUCAGAUCCCAGCCCUGUCUCCGACAAUCAUAUCCUCCUGUCGGCUUCAUCAUCUCAGAAUGAGCUCUCCGUGGCCAGGAUAUUACAGAGCACAGAUCAAACUGAGCCUCAGAAUAGAAGCAGUGAGCACCUGGAGAUGGAGCAGAGGCAGGGACCUCCGGCACUUGAGGAGCACAGAUCUAAAGUACAGGAUAUAAUCCCUCAGCCUCUGCUUGACCAGUUCGUGUCCAUGACUGACCCAGCUAGAGCCCAGACUGUGGACACUGACAUCGCCAAGCACUGUGCCUACAGCCUCCCUGGGGUGGCCCUGACCCUCGGCCGGCAGAACUGGCACUGCUUGAAGGACACAUAUGAAACUCUGGCUUCUGAUGGUCAGUGGAAGGUCCGGCGGACCCUCGCCUUUUCCAUUCAUGAGCUGGCAGUGAUUCUCGGGGAUCAGUUGACAGCAGCCGACCUGGUUCCCAUCUUCAGUGGGUUUUUAAAGGAUCUGGAUGAAGUGCGUGUAGGAGUCCUUAAACACCUGUAUGACUUCCUAAAGCUGCUCCAUGAGGACAAGAGGAGAGAGCAUCUCCGCCAGCUGCAGGAGUUUGUAGUGACCGACAGCAGCAGGAACUGGAGGUUCCGAUACCAACUAGCAGAGCAGCUGAUCCUCAUCUUGGAACUCUACAGCGCCAGCGACGUGCAUGGUUACCUGAGGCACGUCGCCCUGAAGUUAUGUGCAGACAAAGUUUCUCAAGUGCGCUGGAUUUCCUUCAAGCUAGUGGUGGCCAUGCUGCGGAAGUUCUACUCCCAUGGCGCGUGUGCUCUGGGGCUCAGUUUCAUGCAGGAGCUCAUCUCCAGGUUCCGGCACUGCCCUAAGUGGGGUGGAAGGCAGGCUUUUGCCUGCAUCUGUCAGGCUGUGGUCAAUGAAGAGUCUGUUCCUGUGGACCAAUUUGUGGAGCACUUGCUUCCCAGCCUCCUGAGUCUGGCAUCUGAUCCUGUGCCAAAUGUGAGGGUUCUGCUGGCCAAGGCCCUGCGGCAGACACUGCUGGAGAAGGCAUAUUUUAGAAAUGCCGGGAACCAUCAUCUUGAAGUUGUUGAAGAGACUCUUUUGGCUCUGCAGUCUGACCCGGACCAAGAUGUUUCAUUUUUUGCUUCCCUAGAACCAAAGAUGCAGACUGCAAUAGACACCACUAUACUGGAAAAGUAAAACCACACACAACCUUGUCAUGGGUGCACAGGGAUGGCUUCAGUGUACACAUGCCUGUCACUUGAAGGGGAUCCAAUUGUAUUGGAGCUUCUGAAGGAGGUCUAUUUCAGUUGAUAGGGCAGCCCUAUGCUUCCCACCUGUGCAGACUUGAUCCUUUGCAGUUUAGAAAGGUUGUGGAUCUAGGCACCAAUGAGUCUCUGGCUUCCACACAAUCAGCUGUGACCAGCCGUUUGUGUUUUAGGAGAGACUGUGUUACUUAAACUCCCCCUCCCCCCCCCCCCCCCGCCACCAGAGUGUGGUAUAGUUUGUUCAUAUCUGUAACCCCAGCACCUAAGAGGCUGGGACAGGGAGAUCAAGAGUUCAAGGUCAAUCUAAAGAAUUCCAGGCCUGCCUAUCCAAGGAAACCAUACGUAAAUACAGCUUCCCUUGCCAAUAAAGUAAUUUAAUAAAAGCUUGUAUGUUUUCUCUGGGCUUGCUGCCCUAAUCCUUUCUGAGAAAAUGGAGUUCAUGGCAUUGUAUUUAUCUCCAGCUGAAAUA